UUGCAUCGCCAAUUUUAGUCAAAUAUCUCAGUUUCUUUCGAAAAUAUUGUGUACUAAUACAAUUUAGUCGAUUUAAUUUGCAACGAAGAAACAAAACUAUAUAAGCUUGAUUUCUCGAUAAGUGGAGAAAGAGGAUAAAAAAAUAUAUAUAAAAAAAGAUCAAUAAUAAUUUCAUAGAUCAUUUGUUAGGGCCUGUUAUCAAUAGUCUACACUGAGAUAACAGGUACAAUAGUCUACACUGAGAUAACAGCAAAUUAUCACAUGUCCUGUUCAAGCCGCAAAGUAAUCCACAGGUGUAUUCAAGAUAUUGAUUGAGAAAUAUAUUAAAAUCAUGUGUUCCGCGAAAACACCACGCAUCCUUUCAAUCCAGAGUCAUGUAGUGUCAGGAUACGUUGGCAAUAAAAGCGCUACUUUUCCCUUACAGCUAUUAGGCUUUGAGGUUGAUGCAAUUAAUUCUGUACAAUUGUCCAAUCAUACUGGCUAUAAAGUAUUUAAAGGUCAAGUACUUAAUGAUAAAGAUUUAGGUAAGAUUAAAGGAAAAAAAUAUACAAUAAUUGUCAUUUAUGUAGAAAGAACAAUAAAGUAUUUCUUAAAUUAUUUAGACGACCUAGCUGAUGCUUUAGCACAAAAUAAUUUGGAUAAUUAUACGCAUUUAUUGACGGGAUACAUUGGUACAGCUUCUUUCUUAAAAAGGGUAGCACUAUUGGUCACAACAUUGAAAAGUAAAAAUCCAAAUCUUAUUUAUGUUUGUGAUCCUGUUAUGGGUGAUAAUGGAAAGAUGUAUGUCCCAGAAGCACUAAAGGAAAUUUACAAGAAGGAGAUAGUUCCAUUAGCGGAUGUGGUGACUCCAAAUCAGUUUGAAUUAGAAUUAUUGACAGAUGAUAAAGUUACUAAUAUAACUGAAUUACAAAAUGCAAUUAAAAAAUUGCAUCAAAGUGGACCAGAAACUGUAGCUGUAUCAUCAAUUGAAAUUAACAAUAAGUUGACAGCGGUAGUCAGCACUGAAAAAGAUAAUGUAUUAUUGAAAAUGGACAUUCCUAAAAUACCAGCAACUUUCAUUGGUUCUGGAGAUCUCUUUGCUGCAUUAUUUCUUGCACACUUGUAUUUGCAAAGUAACAUGAAAAUCACCAUGGAGAAAACAAUAAAUUCUUUAUAUAGUGUGUUACUUAAAACUUAUGAAUAUUCUAAAGUGUAUGCAGACACGGAAGCAGAAAGUGCUAAAAAGAUCGAAUUACAACUUAUACAAAGUAAGAAGAAUAUUGAAAAUCCAGAAAUUCAAUUGUUUGCAGAACCCUUAUAGCACAUACAAUGAAAAAGCAUAAAUAUGUGUUGACUACCAGAAAAAAAUAUAUAUUAAA